AUGAAGCUUGCAGCGCCCCUUUUGAUACUAACCUUUUUGUCGCUUUGCGAUCGAAUCCGGGCCGACUCCAACGAUGAGUCCCUGCUGGAUCCGAUGGAAUUCUCGUACGUGAACCUUUGGAAGUACGCCGAGAGUGAGUGUGAGAAAAAGGGCAUCAACGGAUCGAUCAUCACGCGAACCUGGAUCAACGUGCGAGCCUGCUUGAGGAAUACGCUGGACGUGAUCCAGUUCAACAUGGACGCGAUCCGACUGGACGCGGACAACCAGCGGACGAUUUUGGCCAAACACUGUCCAAACCUGAGAAAAGCUCCCAACUGCUUCGAACCGUUCAUGGUGGCCGUUAAGGGUUGCGUUCCGGAGAAGAACUACGAGAUCUUUGAGGCACUCCGAGGGUGGAUCGAGAGCGUUUUGGGACAUGUUUGCAAGGACGAUGGAGCGCAUAUUGUGUACGAUCGAGUUAAGCAUGAGAAGUGUACCAACGAGCUGGGUGGAUACAUCUUCGAGUGUGCUGCGCUGAAUAUUAUUAACAAGCAGUACGACGACCGGAAGGCACUGACGGAAGAAGAUUGCGGUUCGGUGGUUCGAGCCAAGGAUUGCCUCCUGAACAAACUAUCCGAGUGUUCAGUAUUCGCUGCUGCGACGCAAUUGUUCUACGAUAACUUUAUCCGGAUAACGUCGUGCAUCGGUUCGGCUUGAUGAAAUAAAAGGUUCGAAUCGACAAUGUUUCAUACAUUUAGCAAUCAUCUGAUACCUGGUAGAGGAAAGCUAUUGGGUGGAAAGAGGGAAAGUAGGUAUGUGAAAAUGUAAACAACUUCUUGACGGACUCGAAGUGCACGAAAAGAGCUAGUUUCCCUUGUUUUGCUAGAUUUUCAACUUGCAAUCUAUGGAAUUUGUUUAUUUACUUCAACGUCUGCGUGUUCUAGUGUGUAUGUUUUGCGGUGAGUGAGAGAGUGGAGAAUAAAUAUUAUAAUAUA